UUUUUUGUUCCCUUCCUCUUGGAAUCCACAUUGCGGCAUCUGGAUCAUAGAAUUCCCAGUUUUCUCCAAUCCUCUGCUUGUCCUAGUAUUAUUUUUCAAUCCAUAUUCUUGUACUUGUGAUUCAUAAUGGGUUCAGAGGGCUCUCCAAUGGCUGCAGGUGAUGAGGUAGAGUGCAAGAAAGUUGCUCAAAUGAGGGCUUUGGUGGAGGAUCAGGACCCUUCUGCAAAGGAGGAAGACAAUCCGAUGCUCAAAAGAUUCUUGCGAGCACGAAAUCAGGAUAUAGAGAAGGCAUCUGCUUUCUUCCUCAAGUAUCUUAAAUGGAGGCGUGAAACCGUGCCUAAUGGUUUCAUCUCAGAGUCAGAAAUACAUAAUGAACUUGCUCAGAAGAAAGCUUUCAUUCAAGGAUAUGACAAGAUUGGAAGGCCAAUCGGAGUUUUCAUCGGCAGUAAGCACUAUAAAAACGAUCUAAAUGAGAACAAGCGUUUUUGUGUGUACCUGAUUGACAGUCUUUGUUUAAGAAUGCAAGGAGGGCAAGAGAAGUUCACUAUAAUUGCAGAUCUUGAAGGCUGGGGAUACAAAAAUUGUGAUAUUCGCGGAUACCUUGCUGGUCUUGAUAUUCUGCAGAGCAACUACCCAGAAAGGCUUGGGAAGGUUUUUCUAGUCCAUGCACCAUCCAUAUUCAUGAAGGCAUGGAAGAUCAUAUACCCGUUUAUCGAUGAUAAUUCUAAGAAGAAGUUUAUUUUUGUGGAUGAUACUAAACUCAAAACUACAUUGUUGGAAGACAUUGCUGAGGACCAGCUUCCUGAGAAAUAUGGUGGAAAACUGAAAUUGGUUCCUAUUGAAGAAGCUGGAAACUAAUCAGCAAUUUUUGUUUAGUUCUUUGUUCACAAGUAUUUCAAUCAAUAUAAAAAAGUUUUAGAAUACAUGUAAUCCUAAAUUGACGUU